GCAAGCUUACUCCGAUUGAAUUUGAAAAACAUGCUGGAAGAGAAACUUGUAGAAAAUGGAAGAAUAAUAUCUGGAUCUUUAUUGAUGGUAAUAAAGUUCCAUUGGUAAGUACUGUACUACUCAAAUACCACAACCAGUCAUCAAAGCAUGCCUAUGGGACACAUAGAUUUUGUCAUCGUGAUGAAUUCAUCAUAUGUACCGAGUGCAAAAAAGAACGUAGGUUUUGUCGCCACUCUGUAGAGGAAUGCAAGAGUUAUCAUGAUGCUUUGCUCAAUACUAAUUGGAAGUGCGCUGAUAUUUCUUUUGGCAAAUUUUCCUGUGAUGAUAAAGAAGAACGAAAAAGUCGAAGGGUGUACAGAGGAUGUUUGCGUUCCUCAACGUGUGAAGGUUGUAGUUCAUGCGUAUGUUUUGGAUGUCAAAUAUGUUGUUUCUCAAGCUGCAGCUGCCAGACAUGCAUUGAUUUCACAAAGACUACAAAAGCUUAAAUCACCCUUUACUAAGAAUUCCUUUCUAUUUAUAUGGGCAUGUUCUUACAAUCAUUUAAUUCAUUUGAACCCAUGCAGUUCUCUACUUUUUUUGAGGCACUUAAUCCAAAUUUACAAUUUACAGUUUUUUCCUUUUGUGGCCCUAUCGAUGGUUUUUCCUAUCAAUGUGAUUCACAUUAGUUCCUUAA